CGCAGAUUGGCGGCUCGACCGUCGGGCAGAGGUCGCUCGAACAGUCAGCCCUUGGCUCAGCAUUCCCUCAGAACGGCUCAUCAACUACUUCAGCAUCUCUCCGCAUCCCUCGUAGAAGCUACAACAUGGCCACGAACGAGAUCCACAGCUCGUCAUCGGGGCCACCGCUGCCCGGUGCAACAGCGCCCAUGACACCUAUCGCUCCCAGAAGUUGGACUACGCUGGUCCUGACUCGCAUGAUGGCCAAUAUGCCCGCCAAGUGGGACAAGAGGAUCAGCCUCGUCCAAGGCGAACCAUGUCAAGUCGGCAGAUCAUCGUCAACUGACCCCACACGCAAGUCGAGAUUCCAGAACGGCUACUUUGAUUGCCCGACCAUGUCCCGUGACCACGGUCGCUUCGAGCUCGACCAGGACGGUCAAGUCUGGUACUACGACACCUCGUCGAAUGGGACCGCCGUCAGUUCUUCCACGCAUCGCCUCCUCGAGGUUCCCAAGCGAGGUCGCAUUGCAGUCGACCAACACUCGCUCAUUCGCUUUGCCGUCAAGUCAAAGAACCAGGUCUCCGUCGUUGCGACCCUCGAGCCGCCUUCUGUCGAUGGUUUGACGAGUCUGACCAUCGCACAACACGACGAUCGAGUGUUCAGCCUUGAUGCAGACAUAUCCGCGUCCGUCCCAGUCAAGUCGGCCGACGAGCAUUCCGCUGUCGACCUGCAUGAGAAUGAGGACGAGGUCGACGACUCAUCUUCCGAGCGCCUCGCCUCGUCCGUCGAGACCACGCCUGCCACAAGUCCUGCUAUCGCCAAGCUUGCCGUUUACAAGGCUACAGCUCCCGGCUCUGAGCCCUCAGAGUCUAGCGAACCCGAUUAUUUCCCCGGGCACGGCCCCAUGCAAUACGAUCAAGAUGAGGAGCUCGGCUCGGCAGGCGUCGACAUUGUCAGAGACGGUCAUAUCAAUCAGGUCCUCGAGCGAGUGGCGACUCACAUGUCUGCUCGCGCUGCUUCCUUCGGAGCUCCGCCCUCGGCUUCUGAGCAUGAUGAUCUCGAUGACAGAUCUGACGAAGAGGAUGCCAACUUGGACGAAACAAGUUCGGUCGGUGACCGUUCCGAGUCAGACGAGCAGAUCUCGCUCGACGCCCUUGACAAUUCGGACGACUUCGGCAGCGAUCUAGAAAGUGAUCAUGGCAGCGAAGCAAUCUUCAGUCAGAGCAAGCUCGAUAACCUCUUCGACCCACGAUAUGAGUCUGAGCCAGAUUCCCCUCGCUCUGACUCGUCAUCCGCCAAUGAACGUGAACACGACAAUCUCGUCACAGAGUCGGAGAUGUUUCAUGCCGGCCAUACGGAUGCAAAGCCUGCGGAUAUCGAAAAGCCCUCGCUGCAAGUCAAGCCUGUCGAGCAGAUUCAGGGAGUCGCGCUCAUGCACGAGCCAGCCAACAAAGUAACGGCAAAGACGCUGUACAACUAUGCCGUCAAGCUGCAAGAGAUCGUCGAGUCCACCUUCGAUGGACUCCCGCUCGUCUCCUUCUCCGAGCUUCAGCAAUGCGGUUGGGAGGCUGAUGAUGUGCUCGAUCACUGCCAUGACGCUCUUGAUCGCAUGCAUACGCUUGCAGAGUUCCACAUGUUCCGUGGAGCCCUCCGCACGUACAUGCCUUCGAUCCUCCUGGUCUACCCUCAUGCUCCUGCCAUUCAGAUCAGAUACCGCAGACAACUUCGCAAAACGUAUGUCCAGCUCAAAGCCCAGUUGCAGCAAAUCCUGUUCUGUCUCGUGACCGUCGACUCUGGCUCUUCCUCGCAUUGGCAGUACCUGGAAUGGAUAAGCUUCUGCAGCACUGAGGUCCAGCUCUUGGGCUGCAGCGAUUCGCAGUGUAUGGCUCAACGAAUCGGACACAAGUUCCGCGGUCAAACUCGUGCUGGAUGCGAGGAUGGGGUUGGAGCUCUGCCCGAUGACGGUGACGAGUGCGAGUCUGAUGACGACGAGAGUGUUACCGAGGACGCCGAGGCUGACGGUAUGCGAACGCAAGACGUGCUCGUAGACUGGGCGCUGUCGGUCGGCGAAAUCUUCGAUGACGCUUUUGACGGCCUCCCUCACAAUUCGAUCGACGAGUUGCUCAACUAUGGCUGGGACCUCCCCGCCGUCGCACAGCACUGCCAAUCGCUCUCCGACAAGUUCGACAACUCUUGCUACAUCUGGUUGAGCCAUCCUCAUUACGGACGACGAGGCUAUCCGCCGCAGCUUCCCGAAGAAGGUCUUGCAGCCGCUUUACAGCCUGCCAACAGUGCGCUGCGCCAGCUUCUGUGCCGCACAUACUACGGACUUUCGGCCGAGUUCGAGACCCUCAGCAUGAUCGCUAUGAGAUGUGAGCGCCCUGUGCCACCGAUCGGAGAAUCGACCAUGAGUAUCUUCCUUGCGUGGCAUCACCUCUUCGCGGACGAAGCGCAGAACCUCGGUAUCACUACAGAGCAGCGUCAGGCUCAGAUCAAGAGAAUGACUGGGUACGCUGGGCCUGACGAGCAGCUCGAGCUUGGCAAGCCAGCCGCAUGCCAGGUCACAGCCAUCGAGCACUGCAAGCCUGCUGAGAAGGCCUGCCAAUCAGCCGACCAGGUCACAGCAGCCGAGCCCUUAGGUGAAGGUCCUGCUGGCCAGGCAGAUGGACUUGUGACUCCAAUGACGCCAUCUGAAGUCAGCCAAGAGCAUGUGCGCGAAGCCUGUCCGUCUCCUGUGCCUCCCAAAUCCUUGGCUGUCUACCUCAGGGUAAUAAGAGAAGCAACUGCUUUGCGUGAGAAAGUCAAUCAGACACAAGAAUGCGGUCUCAACGAUUAUCCUGCUGGCAAUCUCUUCGACGAAGAUGAUCCUCACAAGACUUGGUCAGACAUUGCUUCAGCGAGCGCUUCAGAAAGUCUGGCUGGCAAGACGGCAUCUGGAGAAUCCUUGAUCGUCGAAGAGCUCACGAAGCACCCCGAACGACUCGGCAACCAGCCUUAUGCUCAGAUGCCCGCUCUCACAGUCCAGGAGGCUUCCUCCAUCCGCGAGCCGGUUGAGCAUACGGAUCGAGAUUAUCAUGACACGCCUAUUGCCCUACCAGCAGGCAACAAACGCAAGCGUGAUGCUGAACCUCUUGAUCUUCUCGAGGGCGAGGCCACCUCUCGCGAGACUGAUGACACUCCUCAUCGUAAGCGAGCCGAGACAGCCUCGCUCAAGGCUCGCAUCGCACUGGCCGUCAGUGGCUUAGCUGCCGCAUCAAUCGCGACCUUUGCCGGUCUCGCCACCCUUGGCGCGUACGCUGCCGACUGAGCUCGGCAGCUACCUCCUUCGCCUGUUCAAAUACACCUGUAUAGAGCUCAUCAUCCAUCUAAGGCGAGACAUUGGCCCACGAGCCUGUUGUCGAGAUUACUAAACAGAAUAUGCAAUGACGUCUGUAGAUCCACUUUGACACCAGUCCCGCUAGCCAGCUAGGGCUUGGGAACGCAUGC